CUGGCUAGGGGUGGGACGGUGGGCCGGCCGGGGAGGGCUCGGGACCGGCAGUCGGCUGCGCCCCUGCUUCAGGUGUUGCGGCAGUUCCACGUCGCCAGGCGGCCAGCAGCUUCCGUGAUCCCAGGCUGCCCCCAUCGUUUCGAGCGCCGGCUCUUCGGCUCCCGUGCAGCCAUGGCGGGGCCGGGUCCAGGCCCGGGGGAUCCGGACGAGCAGUACGAUUUCCUGUUCAAGCUGGUGCUGGUGGGUGAUGCGAGCGUGGGCAAGACGUGCGUGGUGCAGCGCUUCAAGACAGGUUCCUUCUCUGAGCGUCAGGGCAGCACCAUCGGCGUCGAUUUCACCAUGAAGACGCUGGAGAUCCAGGGCAAGCGGGUCAAGCUGCAGAUCUGGGACACGGCCGGCCAGGAGCGAUUCCGCACCAUCACCCAGAGCUACUACCGCAGUGCCAACGGGGCCAUCCUCGCGUAUGACAUCACCAAGCGGAGCUCCUUCCUGUCAGUGCCUCACUGGAUUGAGGAUGUGAGGAAGUAUGCGGGCUCCAACAUCGUGCAGCUGCUGAUUGGAAACAAGUCGGACCUCAGUGAGCUCCGGGAGGUGCCCCUGAUUGAGGCGCAGAGCCUCGUAGAGCACUACGACAUCCUGUGUGCCAUCGAGACAUCUGCCAAGGACUCGAGCAACGUGGAGGAGGCCUUUGUGAGGGUGGCCACGGAGCUGGUCAUGAGGCACGGGGGUCCCCUGCUCAGUGAGAAAGGCACCGACCACAUCCAGCUGGACAGCAAGGACAUUGGAGAGACCUGGGGCUGUGGGUGCUGACCGGCGUGCAGAGCAGGCAGGCAGGGGCCUCCCCACCACCUCUCUGUCUCUGGCCUGCCAAGCCCAGCCCUCCAGAGCUGGCCCUCCAGGACACCAGCCAUUCUAGGGCAGCUGGAUAAAAUCCUGGAAUCUUCCAUCCCAUGGCCUGGAUGCUUGAUGGGAAAGCUACCAUCAAGGAAGGAGGAAGCAGGGUACCUCGUGCAGUAGGCCUGUUGGUGCAGGGCAGGGUGUGGGGCCCCUCCUGCCAACCAGCGGCUGUCCCCUCCACGUCCUUACAUUCCAGGACUGGCCUGAGCCCGCUGGUAUGGACCACAGCGGGAGAGGGGCCUGGAGUGUGUCUGCCCUGCUCCACCCGUCCUGGUUUUGACUAUUUCACCCCAGGAGUCUGCUGCAGCUGUGGCAGCAGGUUGCUGCUUUUCAGGGGUGUGGCUGGUGCCUGGGGCUCUUCUGGGUCAUUCCGGGCCUUUGUAACUGUAGAGAGCAAGAGCAACCAGCCCAUGAGACUUGGUUCCUAAGCAUGGCUCCAGGGAGGCCCUGACACCUUCCAGGAGGGGAACCUGCCUGCCUUUACUGCCAGCUCUGAGCUCACAGAUACCUUGGGGCCCAGCUAGCUGCCUUAGCAAGACCUCUCAAGUUUUCUGGUUUUCAUGUAGUUUCUUGUUUUCAUCAGCACAAGUGUGGGGUCACGGCUCAUGACCAAGUGAGGACCGUCUGCUGGCUUGGGGCCCAAAGUUUUGCCACUCAGGUUGCAAAACUAGCUAAUUCUUUGGCACCGGUUCUAAGAAGUUUGGGGGAGGGGAAUGAGAUGGCAACGGGACCAUUUCAGGGGGUAAGUAAAAGCUUGUGCCCCUGCAGUGCAGGGUCGAGAGGCCCCAUCAAGGCACCUGGUCUCAUACCCCGUGCAGAAACCCUUCCUGCUGUGUUCAGAGUAUCAGCUCCCCCCUUUCAGGGCUUAGAGAGCUUCCCAAGCAAAAACGGUGAAGCCUGGAAGUCCUGGUCUGGCCAUUUCAUCCCCCUGUGCCCACCAGCCCAAACAGCAUCAAUGUGCUGGGUGCUGAGGUCAGAAGGCAGGCAGGGGCCUGGGUUUCUGGGGCUCUUGGAAGCAGCCCUGGCCUCUGGAGUACAGCUCAGAGGGCCACAGGGUCGAUCUUCCCAAGCCAACCCCAUCCUCCAUGUCAGCCCACUCCAGCCCCUUGGGGGAAACCACAGGAUAUAACCUGCUCUUGGGCUGUGGGCAAGGUCUCAUUUUGGGGAGGCAGCCCAGAGCCCAGGCUGCACCCUGGGCCGGCCAAACAACAGCCCCAGCUGACUUCCCUUGCUUCCACCCCACGCACGAUGGUCUGCGUUGUCCCCUCUCCCAGGCAGGCCCGGCUGCAGAGCAAGAAGCCAGAGUUUUGCAGCCCUGUAUAGGGGUGAUGCGGGGCUGGGCGGGACGGGAUUCCCUGGCUGAGGUGAGAGAGCGGGGGGGCAGCCAUGGGACUGAUGAGCCUGGUCCGCAGGGGUCCGCACUCCUGGGAAUCAGCCCACUGUUGGCUGGGGCGGGACGGGAGCUGGGAGCACAAGGGCUGCUUGGCGUCCUUCCUCAGGAGCCUCACUAAGAGGAUGGCGCUGAGAGGGACCUGGGGCUCUCCCUGCCUUGUCCCUCAACUGCAGUGCCUGGCCUCCUCCUGCCGAGUAGCAAGUGCCCGUCACUGAGAGGUUCCCUAAAGGGGUGCCUUGUUCAGGCCCAGGUCAAAGGUCUUCCAGCCCCAUGCCCUCUCUGCCAAGGGGCUGAUAAUUUGAGCAGAUCUGGGCAGUUAAGCGAGGCCCAGGUGGGAAUAGAAGUCUCAUGAAGCCUGGCCUUGCAGAGACCUGCUGCUUUGGAGAGAGGGAGACGUGAGGGGUCUCAGAGUGGAGGCUGGGGCCUGUACCCUAUGACUGGCCCCCAGUCCCUGCUGAGCACAGGUGCGAGCCUCCUUUGCCCCCUGCCCGCCUGCCCUGCCUCAGGGCUGGGGAAGGCCCUGGGCUGCUGGGAGGAUCUGGGGUGGGCACAGGAAUGGGUGGGGGGUAGGAUGGUGAUGGGCUCGGAGGUCACCUUGGACUGAGCCCCUUACCUCCUGAUCCCAGGGCAGGAGGCAGCACAGGCUUGGCUUGGAAGGGGGAAGAGAGCAGCCGGCCUACCUCAUGUGGGGGUGGGGGAGGUUUCCUCUCCCCAGGGCCUCGUUCUCUGCACCUCUUGCUACCCCCUCCAGGCAGCUCACUCCAGGAGUUUGGCCUAGAUGUCGGGAGGCCACCUUGGGCACCUUGCCUUCUCUCCCCAUCCCACCACAGAGCCCUCUGCACCUCUGGUUCAGACAGACCUCAUCCUCCUACCUGGACGUCUCACCGCCCUCCUCGGACCUUGGGCUCCCAGCUGCCGUCACUCCAAGCCACCCUCCUGGGGUUGUCAGCUUGGCAGAUGUGAAAGGUCACUCGUGGUCCCCUCCCCCUCAAGCUGUCUGGGGUGCCCUGGGACCCUUGGUAUGUGUUCUAUACUCCAGCAAUGUCCAGAGCCCCCACAGCUGUGCCCCAGCUUCUCUCCAGCACCUUCUUGUCUCCCAGGAGCACCCUCUGUCCAGGCUGGCCUCUUGCCCUCCUGGACUCACCACCCUGCCCUCUUAUUCAUGACUUCUAGAAUCCCACGAGUGGCCCAGCUGGACACCUCUGAGAACGGGCACCACCCUGAGCCAGGCUCUUGCUCAUAGUACCCUCUGGCAGGAAUGGCUCUUUCCCCACCCCUUGCUUGGCCUGCAAGGUCCACCCUUCCCGCCCCCCGCCAACCUUCCCGGGCUGAAGCCACUACAGGUUCCAUCAGAGAUACUUCCUGGGCCCUCCAUCUCAGACACAAAUGCUGAUGCUCAGGCCUGGCCCUGCAUAUAAUGAUAGCCGCAUGCUGCGUGGCGGCCUCACCACCUUUCUGGGUCUUAGUGAGGCUCUGACCUGGGUCUGAGAAAAUGGGGAAGUAGGUGAGACAAAACAAGACCCACCCCUGUUUCCUCUUCCAGCAGCCCAGGGCCUCUGGGGUAAAAGAACAGUUUAAUCUCUUCCUUUGUUUAUAAAUUACCCAAGAACAGAGCAGGUGAGGCAGUGGCUAGAGUGCAGGAGAGGGGGCAGGGGACUGGGGCCAGAUGGAGGGCCAGGAAGUGUCCUGGCAGCCCCCAAGCUGGAGGAGGGCCAUCUGUGACCUGAGUGGGGCUGGUGGAGCCUAGUCUAGAGGGAGAACAAGAGGCUGGUGUUUAAUACAAGCACAGUGGGUCAGGCAAGGGACAUUGAUUUGGACUCCUAAGCCAGACAGAUGGGUCUCCUGUCCUCCCAGCGGGGGCGGGGUUUAGGCCCCAAGGACACAGAUCCCAGCAGGCAUGGUGCUGGAGGAAGCUCCUAAUUCAUAUUGAAUUCAGUUACUCUUUCCCAGGAGGCGGUGCCCUCAGGGACCCUCUGAGCCCUGUCAGCCUGGGCAACUGGGAGGUGGGGAAGAACUCAGCCAGCCCAAGGAUGCCAUUUGCAUUUGGGAAUUUUUCACGAUACCUAUUUAUGAUAUAUGAAUCUUUAUAGCAAAUCUAUUUUGUAAAACAUGGAAAAGUUGCCUUUGUGGAAACUCAGCAGAGCCAGAGUAUACACAUUCCGAAACCAUUAAACAGAUUUCUGUGACAAGCCAA